AUGGAGUGCAUUAUCUGUGCUGAGGAUCAACCCGAGUCGAGCUUCACGUCACGGGAGGAGGCCGACCUCUGCGGCCACUUUCAGAAGACAUGCAACAGCUGCAUCGAGAACAUUCUAUCGACAAAAGUAUCCAACAGACUCUUGGAACAUGCCAUUCUGGAAUGCCCCUUCCCCAAUUGCCUGAAGACACUGGACUUUUCAGCAGUCAGGAAGAUGGUUUCUGAGAGAGUUUUCAAUUCAUGGGAUAAUGCUCUACUGCGAUACCACAUGACCACCAACCGGGAUUACCUCGCCUGUCUCAAUGCCCAUUGUGGCAAGUAUUUCUCCAUUGAAGCAUUAUCCGUAGAAUGCCCCCAAGAGAGGAAGCUCACCUGUCCGUACUGCCAAUCUCACCAGUGUCUCGCAUGCAGCCGCCCCUGGCACGAGGCUGCGUGCACCAUUAGCCCCGAACAGGAAGAGGCGCAAUCUAACACUGCGAUGGAGAGGAUGGGGGCUAAAAACUGCCCAAGGUGCACUGCCACCAUCAUCAAGAACGGUGGCUGCGAUCAUAUGCACUGUAUUCAAUGCAGCACUGAUUUCUGCUGGCAAUGUCUUACAGUCAACUUCAUGCACACAGAUACGUGCCCAACGAAG